AUGACUUCUGAUACAAACAAUACCCUCACCGAAGCUCAAAGGGUGGUCUAUGCUGAAAUUGAUCGCAUUACUGCUGAACUACGGGAACUCAGUAUUGAUUUGCACAAGAACCCUGAAGUUGGCAUGAAAGAGCAUCAUGCUCAUGAACUUCUCACGGACUAUCUUGAGAAGAACGGUUUCACUGUAACGCGCCACGCGUUUGCUUUGGAAACAUCGUUUAUGGCUACGUAUACUAAAGGAUCUGGUUUACGCGUUGGCUUCUGCUCGGAGUAUGAUGCGCUUCCUGGACUAGGUCAUGCCUGUGGACACAAUCUUAUUGCCAUUACCGGCGUAGCGAACGCGAUGGCUAUGAAGGCCCUGUUGGAAAAGGGAAUUGCGUCCGGAACGGUCGUACUUUUUGGCACUCCUAGUGAAGAGCCAUUGGAUGGUAAGAUUUUGAUGGCAAAAAAGAGAGCGUUCCAAGACCAUGUUGAUGUUUGCAGUAUGCUCCAUCCUGGACCUAGCAAUAUGACAUACUGGGCUGCAACUGCUAUUCAAGACGUUAAAGUCGAGUUUCGAGGAAAGCCAAGUCAUGCUGGCGGUGCGCCCUGGAAUGGUGUAAACGCGCUGGACGCCAUUUGCCAGGCUUGGGUUAGCAUUGGUUUGCUUCGCCAGCAGCUGCUUGGAACUGACAGAAUUCAUGGAAUUAUUACUGAUGGCGGUAAAGCGCCAAAUAUCAUCCCUGAUCGAACGGCAGGAUAUUUCUAUGUCCGUGCAGCGAAUACAGACCGUGUUGAAGAGCUGAUGGUAAAGGUCGAAAACUGUUUCAAGGCAGCAGCUUUGGCAACUGGUUGUGAAGUGAAUAUGAAAUGGCGCGAUGCUGGCAUGUGCAAGAAUAUUAUACAAAACUCAGUUAUGGCAGAAUUAUAUACCAAGUACUUCCAAAAUCUCGGUGGCGCACCCAUACCUCCUCGUCAAGCUCAGGAGGCGGCACAAAUUGGUGGAUCUACAGAUUUCGGCAACGUUUCCGUCUUGAUGCCAGGAAUUCAUCCUCUCUUUGAUGUGUACACGAAUGAAUACCCGCACACUCACGGGUUUGUCGAAGCUGCUGGUACCCCUAAAGCACAUGAGGGUGCCAUGAUUGCUAGCAAGUCCCUUGCCAUGGUUGGCGCCCAUAUGCUUCUUGAAAAGGGCUUCUAUGAAAAGUCGCUCCAAGAAUAUCACACUACUGUUCCUGAAGAAAAGAGAACUCAAGAGUAG